CAAUCCUUUCCCUUCAUUUCCCAUUCCCCAGUUCCAAACGUCACGCGGACAGAGAAAGAGAGAAGAGAGACAGACAGAGACAGAGAGAAGACGACAGUGAUGAUAAUUUGGAGGAAUUAGGGAAGAAAUGGCAGUCGAGACAGUCCCAAUUAUGCCCACAACGGACAGCUCAGUGCAGAAGAAGAACAGGAUUCAGGUCUCCAACACCAAGAAGCCCCUCUUCUUCUAUGUCAAUCUUGCCAAGAGGUACAUACAGCAACACAACGAGGUUGAACUUUCGGCCUUGGGCAUGGCAAUCACAACGGUUGUGACGAUAGCAGAGAUUUUGAAGAACAAUGGAAUCGCCACCGAGAAGAAGGUCUUGACAUCGUCGGUUGGGAUGAAGGACGAGAACCGGGGAAAGAUGAUCCAGAAGGCAAAGAUUGAGAUCGUGCUUGGAAAGUCUGAGGAGUUCGACACUCCAACUGCUUCUCCGACCGCACCCCAGGCUGCAGAUGAGGCUGCUUCCAAGGACAAGAAAUGACGAUAUCCAUAAACUGCACCAUUUCCUCUCUGAUCCCGACCGAUUCAACCGGGCCAGGUGGAUAAAGAAGAAGGAAAGUAGAAGGGAAAGCAGCAUACGAAAUGGACUGAUUUCGAUCAUAUAGCAAAAGUCGCAGUAGCAAUAUAUAUAUGUAAUGUUAUCUCUUAUUCUUUCACAGAGUUGUGAUUAUCAACUCUGUUUUUUGUGUUUGGUUUUCCUGGACAUGUAACUAUUCAGCUGCACACAUAUCGUGAUGCGUAAUGUUUACGUCGGGUUUUCCCCUAUCGAUCUAUCGAACUCUUAUGUUGCCUUUUUCUA